UGGUCGGCUCUCCCAAAUCAGAUGCUUUGGGUUUUUCCUGAACCUGUACUUUUUUUUUCCAGUUAACACCACAGUAGUUUCAAUCCUACUCGUGCUUUCGAUUGGAAUAGUGACCUGCAGUUGUCCCCACGGACUUGAAUUUACCCAUCAACACCUACACCAGCAGGGGUUUGACGUGUUCACCGCCGACACGUCACUGUCGUGUUCCCAAUCUCCCGGGAUAUCCUCAGUACCCGUGUGUUAUGUCGAGUCCAUUAACGAAUUGAUGUCUGAAGCCGAGAAUGUCCUCCGUGCAACAGCAAGUGAACUGGAUAGCGUAACAUCGUACCAAGGAGAGCUUUGUGAAAGAAGACCUUACGAUCAUACAGACUUCCAAAGUGGAACUAGCAUGACGGACACACUUAUUAACGGAAUUGAACUGAUGUCCGAGGUAGCAUUGAACAUGACCAUCAUAAAUUGUCACCGUCGCCACACUAUAUUCUCAGGGGAGACGCAGUUCAACGUCCACCAGCCAAUACGUGCUGUCAUAUGUGAGAUGAAAAAACUGAUGCGAUUUGCCAGACCGAUUGAGCCUAGCAAGUUCCGAGCCAGCAUUUCCUUGGAGGAGAUGGACAGAUCAGACACCAUUCUGUUCACCUGUCGAAAUCUAAGGAGAGCAAUUUCUGCAAUAAAUCAUCUUAAACAUGACAUUGUUACGGAUUUCGAAAACUUUGAAGGCUAGUUUUUCAAACUGAACAUAGCCGCACGUCUAUUAUUAUAGAACACUCUUGAAAGCAGGGUAUUGAUCACUCCGCAUCUGUAUAUAUAAUAAACACGUUCAAGUUAAGGAGGUGCAUUAUUUAAACCUUCGUUGAUCGGUCUUUUUCAGUACGUCGGAGAUGACCCACAUCUUCAUGUAAUUCAUAUUGAAUUAACUGUAUGGGAAUAUAAGUCCUAACCUAGUUUGACAUUGGUUGUAUUAUUUUACAGAAAGAACAUCCUAGAUUUAAGUAGAAUCUGCACAUUUUUAUAAAUGGAUACCUUUUCAUACAAUACAACAUUGUUCAUCAAAUAUUGUUCUUGUUUAGGAAACAAUAAGACAUCUCAUGAACUUCAAACAGACAUUUAUAACAAAGCACCUACCUACUGUUAUCGCUUAAGCGAUUGAGGUUCACUGAAGCGAUGAAAACGAUAUAUUGUGUGGCUGUUUUACAGGUCUUUUUGAUGGCAGUGUUUAUGAAAUAAACAUAUAUUGCUACAGACGAGUAUGUAACAGUAUCAACAUCAUAUUGUGUGUAUAUA